UUAUUGUUGUUGGCAUCCUGUUUCCUAAAACGCAUCAUUCAAUCACCGGUCGACAGCAAUGCCUCUCACCCAUCCCCGGUAUGAAUUUACUAACAACUCCCUGCCUACGUGUUGUCGCUAUCUCACGCCUCAUACCUGCAGGUUCUGCACCACUAACAGUCUUAUUUUCACCACAACUCUCCCACUUCCAUCCCUGCCCUUCCCCCCUCCCUCUUCCCUUCACUUUCGAUUCCUAACUUGCGCCCAUCCAUGAUCCAUGAUAGAAUUUAAUUAAAGGUCGUGCUCCUUCGAGCUUCAACAUUCGGACAAACGUAGAGACGCUUUGCAUACUGUAUUAGUUCUAUCUAUUUUUUUUUUAAAUUCAAUUUCUAUAAAUGGGCCGGUGGAGGGCUCUGCUCUUCCUCUCCCUGCUAACCUGCGCCUCUCUCCGACUCUCCUGGUCAGAUCCGAACGACGAGCUCUGUCUUACCAAGCUAAGCGAGUCCUUCAGGGACCCAACCAUGGCUCUCCACAACUGGACCAAGUCCAUCUUCGCCAACCCUUGCAGCGGCUUCACUUCCUACCUUCCCGGUGCCACCUGCAACAAUGGCCGCAUCUACAAGCUCUCCCUCACUAACCUCUCUCUUCAGGGCUCAAUCUCUCCUUACAUCUCCAACUGUACCAAUCUCCAAACCCUCGACUUAUCCUCCAACGCUCUUUCCGGACCCAUCCCCGCCGAUUUGCAGUAUCUUGUUAACCUCGCCGUUCUCAACCUCUCAUCCAAUCACCUCAACGGAGAGAUCCCUCCGCAGCUCACUCUCUGCGCUUACCUGAACGUAAUCGAUCUCCACGAUAAUCUGUUGACCGGGCAGAUUCCGCAGCAGCUGGGUUUGCUUGUUCGACUCUCUGCUUUCGAUGUGUCUAACAAUCUGCUAUGGGGGCCUAUUCCGGUGAGCUUGGGGAACAGGAGCGGUAGUUUGCCGAGAUUCAAUGCGAGUUCGUUUGAGGGGAAUAAGGAUCUCUAUGGGUACCCUUUGCAGCCGAUGAAGAGUAAAGGCUUGUCUGUCAUGGUAAUUGUUGGGAUCGGAUUGGGAAGCGGAUUUGCCAGCUUGGUGCUCAGUUUCACUGGCGUGUGCAUAUGGUUGAAGAUUACUGAGCGGAACAUGGCCCUUGAAGAAGGCAACAAGAUUAGCCAGUCAAUGCCUGAUUAUUGAGCUUUAAUCGGUUAAAUCGCCAUCUUAGGUAGCUAUCUUAAUUAAUUCCAAAUUAAUUAUUGAAUCGAAAGGGAAAGGUUGGAUUCUGAACUUGAGGUAUGUUUUUUUUGGCUUUACUAUUAUUGGGAGAGUUGUGUGGGAUAAAUGGAUAAUCGAUUGAUGGGUUUUUGGAGGCUUUGCUGAUAUAAUUUUCGUCUCUCUUUUUUUUCUUUUUUGUUGGGAAUUCUGUAAUCUUUGUUCUCUAGAAUCAAACAUUUGUACAAAGCAAUUCAAACAUGAAUAGUGCAAGCUCUUUUACUGGAGACUAGAGACCUCUA